AUGGCUCGUAGACUGCAGAAGAUUCAGUCUCAUCAGAAAAAAAAGGCCAAAAAGCAAACUGGACAAAAGAAGAAAAAAGGACAUGACAAAAAGACUGUUGCCAAAGCUACCUUAAUAUAUACCUGCACUGUUUGUAGGACACAAAUGCCAGACCCUAAGACCUUCAAGCAGCUCUUUGACUUUGCUUCCUCCAGAAUUAGCUGA